AUAACAAUGUGCACCAUGCCUAGCCCGGGACCGAGCCGCAGCCAGGGAUGUGCAAGGCCAUGAGCAAAGCCGCGAGAUGGAAGGAUUAAGAGGAGACGGGGGCGGCGGCGCCUCCGGCCAGUGCCGCAAUUUUCUCUCUUCGCCCGUGUUCGGGGCGGCUCACUCGGGCCGCUCGGCGGCCGCCCCAGGGUUCGCGUACGCUGGGGGCCCGGAGCGCUCGGGUUCCGCGGCCCGCUCCGAUCCGCCCUCCAAAGAGUGCCCGGGCUCCGCCGCUCCGCCGGCCACCCCGGCGCUGGGCUACGGCUAUCACUUUGGCAAUGGAUAUUACAGCUGUCGGAUGUCCCACGGGGUCGGGAUUCAGCAGAACGCCCUGAAGUCUUCCCCCCAUGCCUCCAUUGGCGGCUUUCCUGUGGAAAAGUAUAUGGACGUCUCCAGUUUGGCCAGCACAAGCGUCCCCGCCAAUGAAGUCUCCUCCCGGGCCAAGGAAGUGUCCUUUUACCAGGGCUAUACCAACCCUUACCAGCACGUUCCUGGGUACAUAGACAUGGUCUCCACGUUCGGCUCUGGGGAGCCGAGGCACGAAACAUACAUCUCAAUGGAGGGCUAUCAGUCUUGGACUCUGGCUAAUGGCUGGAACAGUCAGGUUUACUGUGCUAAAGACCAGGCCCAGAGCUCACAUUUUUGGAAAUCGUCCUUUCCAGGGGACGUUGCACUAAACCAGCCAGAUAUGUGUGUCUACAGACGUGGAAGAAAGAAGCGAGUGCCAUAUACAAAACUGCAACUUAAAGAACUCGAGAAUGAAUAUGCCAUUAACAAGUUCAUUAACAAGGACAAGAGGCGAAGGAUAUCCGCAGCCACAAACCUGUCUGAGAGACAAGUUACCAUUUGGUUUCAGAAUAGAAGGGUGAAGGAUAAGAAAAUAGUCUCAAAGCUGAAGGACAAUGUAUCUUGAUCUAUUGGUUGUGGACAGUGACGGAAAUAUAAAUACAAUUUACGAUCAGCUAAAGACUUUUGGAAAGACUUGAAAAUAUAUUUAAUAUUUUCCCCCCUUCCUACGGCGGCGAGAUUUUGUGAUUUGCUUUUAAUUAAUGUCAGCAUUUUUCUCUGAUCCGUGGAGAAUGCUGCCAAAACUUGACUUUGUAGUUCUGUUUCUUUCUUCUUUUUAGUGUAUUUUAAUAUCUUCUGUUCCUCCCUCUAGGCCAGUAUAAACGACUUUAAGUAUGUUGAUCAGUUACAAUUAUAAUUUUCUUAAAUACUUAUCUGUUUUUUUCUGUAAAAUUGUCUCUGAACGGCCGGUUGCCACGACUGUCAGUUGUGAUUUGGUAUCAUAAAUUUCAUAACGAUGCAGAAUUCUUUAAAAAAAAACAAUUAAUGUAAUGUAAUUGGGGAUUAAGAAAUAAUUACAACACUGUUCUCAGUCUAAAAUAAAGUGAGCCCACCAGCAUAUAAAGUGAGUGGUUGUUAAUGUGAAAAUAGCUACUUUUAUGUAGUUGGGAGGUGAUUAUUAUUUUUUCAGAAAAUAAUGUUAUUUGGAGCCAGAUUGGAACUAGAAAAACAUAUUUAACUUCCGCUGUUUCCAUGACUGUCUGUAUUCCACAUAUUGGGGGGGGGGUUACUUUGUAGUCAUUUGCAGAUUAAUGAUUUCAUACUCCCUAAUUUAAAGAAUAACAAAAUAUUCUGUGCAGAUGCAUUUAUUCGAAUGCAUCACACACAAUUACUUCAAACAAUACAGUUUUAUAGGGUUAUAAUUUGCUCUUCAUUAGUAAAGAUAGUCCGAAACAGAUAAGUUUUAUGAGUUUAUAGCUAGCUAGUUAGCUGCAUACUAGGAACACACAGUUAAAUUGAAUUCCAGUGUUUAAUCAUAUUGCAUAUAGAGGACAUGCUGUAUAAAGGUGUGUAUAAACGUAUGUGUAUUUUUCUAUAAUGUAUUGGAUGCCCUAUUAUCCUGUUUGUCUGAACAAGCACAAGACUCUCCACCUUCACCCUAUCAUGUGGUUUGAAAACUUCUUGUUACAGAAGUGAAUCUUGCUGAUACCUUUCAGUUACAAAAAUACACGGGUGUUAAUGAAAGAAGCAAUAAAUGAUGACUUUCGAAAGAUGCCGUAAUUUAUUUAGAUCAGAGAGGCUGGCGGUUGUGUUUUAGUUUUGUUUGAAUUUUAGUGUGCGUGUUAUGGUACCCAUGCAGUGAUUUUGAUCAUACAAGUCAGUUUACUGCUAGGAGAGAAAAGAGAAAAUGUCUCCAUUUAUGUUUCGUGUAAUUAUUAAACUAUGUUGUGUUCCGAACUAUUAUUAUUUAUUAUAAUAGCCUAUUGCUCUAAACACGUUGAUACUUAACGUAUGGUGGUAAGACAUACACUAAGUCUCUUUCCAUCAAACGAUAUUGUUUCCGUUCUUGUUUUAAGGUCUGCUUUUACUUGGAAUUGUGUUGGAAAUAGGUUCUCAACUUCA